UGGGAUUCUGUUUCCGCCAACAAGCUCCUGUGGCUAUUUUUUUCUCCCCUCGGUUCUGUAAACGGCGCAUUCAGACGCACUGCUGCCUUUUGUUUAUCCGUUUUCCUUUUGUAUCAACCAGAUCAAUUGUGCUUCGCCUUUCCCUGCUUCUCGUCUCCUUAAACGUGAUUUUGUUUGCGCUUUGCCCAAUACGAGCUAGUUAUCGACGCUACUGCAGAUCCUGAAGCCGAAGCCGACCCGUUCCGCCGCAACCUCGAAUUCCCGCAAUCGCUGUGCGCAACACCAGACCCUGCUCAAACACCGCCAUCAUGCUGUAUCGAGGACUCCGGCUUGCGGCCCGCGCCGCUCCCAGACUCACGCUCUCCAACCCGCACUCGGCACUCCGUCAGCUCCCUGUGCAGUUCCAACAUGUGCGAACCUACGCCGACAAGAUCGUCAAGGUGCCAACGAUGGCCGAGUCGAUCAGUGAAGGCACUUUAAAACAGUGGAACAAGUCUAUUGGCGACUUCGUCGAGCAAGAUGAGGAGAUUGCCACGAUCGAGACCGACAAGAUCGAUGUUGCCGUGAACGCCCCAGAAGCUGGCGUCAUCAAGGAGUACUUAGCGAAUGAGGAAGAUACCGUUACCGUGGGUCAGGACUUGGUGCGCAUCGAGCUCGGCGGUGCGCCGUCGGGUGAUAAGCCUGCUGCGACGGAAGCGAAGGAGGCACCCAACGAGGCGACACCCGAGACCCGACCGGAACAAGAUAAAGCCCCGGAAUCCAAGCCGCAGGAAACGAGACCAGCUGCACCACCCGCACCCCCGAAGGAGGAGCCUACCGCGCCGAAGCAGCCGAGCAAACCCGCAAAGGCGGCCGCCGAGGCACCCGCCACUCUGGGCAGCCGCGAUGAAAGGAGGGUCAAGAUGAACCGGAUGCGUCUCCGCAUCGCGGAGCGCCUCAAGCAGUCCCAGAACACAGCGGCGUCCCUGACGACCUUCAACGAGGUCGACAUGUCGGCGCUGAUGGAGUUCCGCAGCAAGUACAAGGAUGAGGUCUUGAAGAAGACUGGCGUGAAGCUAGGCUUCAUGAGUGCCUUCUCCCGCGCUUGUGUGCUUGCCAUGCGUGAUAUCCCAGUCGUCAACGCGUCGAUUGAGGGCCCCAACGGCGGCGACACCAUCGUCUACAGGGAUUAUGUUGACAUCAGCGUUGCCGUUGCGACCGAGAAGGGUCUCGUCACCCCGGUUGUGCGCAACGUCGAGUCUCUAGACCUAGUUGACAUUGAGAAGUCCAUCGCCGACAUGGGCAAGAAGGCUCGUGACGGCAAGCUCACCAUUGAGGACAUGGCUGGCGGUACUUUCACCAUCAGCAACGGGGGUGUGUUCGGCUCCCUACUAGGAACCCCCAUCAUCAACCUCCCCCAGAGCGCGGUUCUCGGCCUCCACGCCAUCAAGGACCGCGCCGUCGCCGUCAACGGCAAGGCGGAGGUGCGGCCCAUGAUGUACAUUGCCCUCACGUACGACCAUCGCCUGCUAGAUGGCAGGGAGGCCACGCAGUUCCUGGUGAAGAUCAAGGAGUACAUUGAAGACCCUCGCAAGAUGCUCCUCUGAAAGUUGGCAAGGGUCAAAACUUCAUUGUGAAGGGGCAUGAAAGAUUGGUCGCCCAUGAUGGAAGAGAGCGGUGACACUGGCCUGUAUAAUACAAAAUUGCUGAGGGGUACACUGCAUCUUGGGGGCGUUUUCCGUUUAGAGAUGGGCAUGUCUGUUUUGUACGUCGCAGCGCAUAUUGAUGCUGUGUUCGGUCCAUGUACUACAGCAAGCCUCGCUUCUCUCCGGCUAGUGGAAUAGUCCAUGCCAGCGAGCCAUUUGUUAUUCCGAUAGCCCUUGACGUCUAGUCAUACACCUUGUUCUCGCCCGCCGAACGACUUCCCUGGCAAAUGAAGCCAGGGCGUUUUUGGGGGCCUCUGAGCUGUCAGCUUUUAGCCAGUCCAGUCUCGAAUCCACGGUUGCGCUUGGUUAUCAAA